AUGAAUAAAGAUGAGAUAGAAACCGACAUAGUGAACAUCGAGGACUUCUUAAAACGCAGUCAGGAUUUUACAGCACAGACACAAAAGUCUCGGUUGACAGUCGAUGCUUAUCGGGACAACAAAGAGCUCUCUCACAUUCUCAAAGAUGCCUCCUUCCUGAUUGACACUGGGGAGCCAAGGGCGAAAGAAGCAGUUGAAUAUAUUUUCCAGACAUGUGUUUCUGCUGCUUUUCAAUUCCUCAGCCGGGACUGGUUCUACAGUAGCCGUCCGGAAGACGAUGCACACAUUCAGCGGCGAAACUUCGAGCUGGUCGAUUUGCUGGCUAGAAUUCUGCGGAACAACAUUCUCGAUAAAAAUAUGCUUGCCGUAAUGUUCCACUUGUUCAAUCCUAACAGUAUCUUUCACCAGCGUCGUACUCGUUCCGGACCUCCUUCGUACGAAUCCGUGACCGUUCCAGAAAAAUACCGCUUUGUAACUGGCGUCAACGAAAAUGUUUUUCUUCAAGAAAUUAUUGAGCGCUUUGGGAAACAAGGUGGCUUUCAAUAUGCAAACAGUCAACUUUCCUCGCUCGACGUGGAGCUCAUUCCUAUUUAUUUCUGUACAUUCGCUGAGGCAAUUAAGGUCGUUUCUGAAUCAUGCGCACAAUAUUUUCUACCGAUGAAAGAAAAGCUCAGCGAGUACCUCGCAUCGCUGACGGACAAGGAAAUCAAAUCGUUAGAUCUACGCUCUGAUGCAUUUGGCCCGCUCACCGUGAUUACCUCUUUUGCGAAAAUUCUAGCGCAUUUCGGCGCCUCGCAGAAAUCCCUUCAACUGGAGCACUUUAACCUCCUCCACCGCGUGCUCAAGCUCUCCACCUACAAUGGGCGUAUGUUCGCGCUCAACGAGAUCAUGACCCAAUUGAAUUCCACUAAACAGUUCUAUAACGACAGUAACAAACUCAGUGCAAAAGAAGCAGCCGAUUGGACCAAGGAAGCUCUUCUGCCAGUUAUGCUCAGAGACUCGCUCCAUUUAAAACAGUAUGUCGAGCGCGUUGUCAAUGUCUUGAUCUUCAUGAUGGACCACGAUGUUCUGACAACAUCUGACAUCGACAUGAUUUGGAAUGCGAAGCUCGGUGCUCACCCAGCCAUCAUCCUCAACAUCGAUGACUUGUUCGCCUCCAUCGCCGAUAAAUUAUCCGAUAACCUUCUCGGCUAUCUUCUCGACAAAUUCCGAAACAUGUGGCUCGCUUCUGACGCCUCCAAAAAGGACCGCGAGCAACUCCUAUCCCUGGUCAAACGGCUGGCUGAAGAUCCUAGAAUCGGUGACAAAAUUCUCGAUCUUCUGUGGGGAAUGGCCACGGGUGUCGAUGUCAGCGAGGAAAUACUCAAUGACACGCUUCAGAAUCUUGUAAAAAUUUUGGACAACAGAUCGGUUGAUCGAGACAAGAGGAAGAUAAGGUGGCUUUCGAAGUUGGCCGCGGAGUUCAAGCAAAAUCCGGACUUGACGAUCCCUGUGAUUAAAUUGAUUGAGCUAAUUGGAAAUGAUCUCCCUGAUGACAACUAUACAGUCGGGAUGACACGCAAGCGAGCGCUAGAAGACCUGCAGAAUAAUGAGCAAUUGAUUCACGCUGUGAUUUCGGACAUGAUCAAAUUCACAAGUUCCCAAGAAACUCGACCGAAAACGAUUCACGGUCAUUUGACCGAGAUUAGCUUACGUCUAUCGUUUAUCAAAUACAUUCUUCAAGAAGCACGGCUGUACCUUGAAUACAAAGAUGCAGUGGCGGUUUGGGAAAAACUUGUUGUCCCUGGCGAUCCAGAAAUGCGAGAACUCGGCUUUACUUGGUUCAAAAGCAUAAUGGGCCAAGAGCCAGAUUUGAACUCUGUCAGUAUUUUUAAUUUUUUCGCCAGUCAUAUUCUCGCGAUGGAGCCUGAAAAACUAACGCCUGCUGGGGUAACUUGUUUCUAUUACUUCUUCAACGCAAUAUCCAGCCAGAAUAAACCAGACAGCUCCAUCGGCAGCGAAAAUCCAUCCCAAGACGGCAUCAAUUAUCUCUGGAAGACACUUUGCUCAUGUGAUGCUGUUCUGGCUCCAGAUGUGAUAGAUAUCAUUAAUAAUUACUACACGAAUAUGUUCAUCACUGGCACUGCUCAAAAUCACAAUGACUUUUUCGAAGAGUGCAUUCAGCGAAUUAAAACGUUUCACGAUACCCUGAAGAUAAUCACGGACGCAAAAGAAUCCAAAGAAAGUGACGCAGCUGCGGAUAAAUCAUCAGUGACCCUAAAAAUCUGUCGGAUAGUAGAUCUCUUUCAACGCUAUCUCUCGGAAUUUCCACAGAACCGAAUGCAGGAAGAUAAUCUAGCGCUGGGGAGAUCGUGGCGCGGAGUAAAGAAGAUAUAUACAGUUCAAAUCGAGCAACAGAAUAUUAAAGUUGAUAUGCACUCUAAUAACAACAUUCGUCAUCUAAGCGAGCGUCUUCAACAUCAAUUUCCUGAUAUCAGAAAAGACCUCAUAAUUCUUCCCGAGCAAAACUCACAGCACAUUCUUGAAUCGGAGCAGAUGCUCGAAACUUCUGCCAAAAACGAACAAGUGAAUUUCUACGCUAGAUUUGUCCAGGAACGUCUAAAGGCGAGGAAACGAUCUGUUAGGCCUGAUGAUUCGCUAGAAAACCAUCCAACUUUCAUCACCGAUAUUAUUGGCUUGAUGGAAUUGGCAUUGGAUAUCAGCGAGUAUUCUUUGGUAAAUUCAAUCAUGAAGCUUGUCUUGGUGUUACCAGGCGAUACGAAAGCGCUCAGAAUCGCAAUAAUGAGGAAGAAGGAUUUGAAGUCUUUCUUCAAUUCAGAAUCGCAAUCCAUGAACUGGUACAAUCUCUGUCUGCUCCGAAGCCUACUGCUACCAACAGAGCCUACUCAACAAACGCGAGAUGUGUUAGCCUUCUUCUUUGCAUCCAAUGGACCAGCUGCGAUAAUGAAUUUGCUCGAUCUAAGCCAGUCGAAAAUUGUCCAAACUAGUCGCCCAGAAAUCAUUCUUCACGUGUUGGAAACACUCGCCGAGGUCCAACGGUUCAUCACUCUCAUUCACGUCCGGUCAAUCGGUGACACUUCAAUUUGGGAUACCCUUCGAUGCCUUGACGAGUAUCUUUACAGCACGGCCGAAAAUAUUCCAAUUCAAAAGGGCCAACUUAUUUCCAUGACACCUACGAUCAUCCAAGGCACUUGGCAAAUCUGCCAUAAAGUGUCAAAAACCUCUACCGACUCAUAUAUAAGCACUCUGUUUGAGGAAGUCUACAAAACCGCCUUCGAGUCUCUUUCAUGGCUUCUGGUCACGAACAAAAUCUGUAGCUUCAAAACUAACGAUAAUAAGCUACGAAACAGUUUUUCGAGUUUGUUCUUGUUAUGUUACUGA